CCGAAAGUCCUGAGGGAUGAAAAUGGGAACUCUUCUUUCCCAUCAGUCAACAACAGCCGCAGAGUUUGGUAGAAGUUUGUCUUGGAUCGAUAAUGUUAGUGCCAAAAGUCCAGUAACGCAAUGGAUAAAGAUAUACCCACAGGUGUCGUAGGCGAAGAAAGCGUUGACGAACUUCGCCAACGUCUAAAUGUCAUGAAGAAAAUGAUGGCCGAAAGGCAAUACCUGGAUCAGUCAACUGAACAGAGAAAAAGUAAUGUGGGCGUUAUUGAUGGGAGUUUCCUCAGCAUGGUUUUUGGAACUGCUCUGGUGGUUAUAAUAACUGUCAGCAUCUAUGCUUUCUACAAUCUUUACGUGGCAAUACUGAAGAAAUUCCCUUCGAGGCAUGAGGAGCUGUGAGGAUUUCAAGUAUUUCACCAUUCGAACUGACACUUAAUAUUUUUUUAACGAUGUAUAACCUUGUAAUCGAUUGGAAGUAAUUAGGAAUAAAACUUUGCUUCUCGUU